AUGGCUCCGGUUCUGCCGUUGUCUCCUGACAAGAUGACUCUGAACUUUAUUAGCUAUAGUGACGCAAAUACUUCAGAUGAGAGUACUUCCGCCUCGAGUUUCUACCCCUCUCAUACCUCUCAAUCACCUUAUGCUCAAGUCGCAUAUCAACAACAUGGUUCCAAUCAUAUAGAUUCUCAUUCACCAACGCUUUCUUAUCCCUCGAGCAGCGUCCAAAAUCAAGGAAUUCAUAGCAUGGGAAGGAACAAAAGCUCAGACCUUGAUAAUAUGCGUACUGUCGCAAUUGAUCAACUCUGCUCGAUAAGCUUUCCAAGCGUAUGUCUGCAUCCUCAAUGUCAAGAUCAUUUCAAACAUGCUCACCACAAGCAAUAUCUUUGCGGCUUACCUAGUUAUCCAAAUAGCGACAAGAGGUAUGGCACAGAAGCAGAAGCCAAGCGUCAUCGGAUUUCUGUUCACCGUUUUGGUAAGGCAGAUGCUAGGCACUGGGACUGCUAG